CGGAAAUGUCAAGUGAAGUGAGACCUUGACGCAUGACGUGGCUGGACUUCAUUGGCGGAAAAGCGCCGGGAAAGGUGAAGUAAUCCGGAAUCUAUAAAUAAGAAGGUUCGGGUGAAAAAUUAUCAGCAUCAGGGCAAAACUGUGGAAAAGGAAAGCCGGAAAAGUAUUUUGGCUUGGCUGGCUGAUUGAGAGAGCGAGAGAGAGAAAUGGUGUCGUGCUUCGCUUGUUUCGGCGGAGGCAACAAGCGGCAGAGCCGGGAGGAAGAGGAGCGAUUGUCGUUGGAGGCUCGCGCAAAAGCCGCCGAAGCGGCCCAGAUAAGGUAAUUUCAUCUUUACUUGCCGUCUCCGGCUCCGAUGGCUUCCAUCGGAUAAUCCGUUGGAUUUUUUAAUGUUUCGCCGAGACUUGAGAUAGUAUGAUUUCUGAGUGUAGCCGGAGAAUUGGGAGGUUGCGAGGAAUUAGUCAAGCAGAGUGGUUUGAAUUUGUGAAAGGAUCAUUCAUCUAUUGGUUGAUUCUGCGCCAUUUUACGAUCCUAGCGAUUGAAUUGAACGAAUUUGGCUGAAUGAAACCGUGGAUUGAUCAUUAGAAUUGUCCGGGCGUUCUAAUGAUUUGAGUAUCCUUAUGCCAAGCAUUGCGUCUUUCAUGGCACAGAUGCAAAGUUUAACUGUCUAUUUUUAAGGUUUUACAUCUCAGGGGAGGUUGAUGGACAAAGCCACUUUUACUACUCUCAAGGUUUCAGCUUGUUAUAGAGCAAUGGGGUGGUAGAGAUGGUGUUCAAAUGUUUUUAGAUGACGGUAACCCAUUUGCAGGCAAGAGCAAUUCGAAAAAUCCGCUGCUGGAAGGGCUGCAAGGGCACAGUUACAGGCAAUGGCAAAGCAAUCUGCAAACCAGAACAAAGGCGAACCGGUGCUCAAGUGGCAAAUGGGUUGACUAUAAGCUUUAUCAUACCUCACCAGCUACAGCUUGUGAUUGCUCGUGAUUGCAUUCCAGUGGCUCUUCCUCCCGUUUUAGAUGGCUGGCUGUACAUAUCUUUGGGUAUUCGUAUAUGUAUCAGUAUGAGCUCUCUAGUGGCUUGCGUUUGUUCAUGUUGAAUGAAUAUGGAAAUACAGAAAGCACUAUUAAUUGGGAGGUCUGAAAAAUAUACGCAACGUAACGUUCACGCUUCUCUCUCUUUUCAAUGCUUAUAUAUUUCGUUAACGAACUGCAGUGAACAAUAGAACAAGUGGCUUGUUGCAUGGUAAUCUGGAUUCUAAGCGUCUGUAGUUUUCCUAUGACAACUUUGGUUACCGUUGCUAUCUUGCAGGAAACUGGUCUAUUUGCUCCCCUCUUAUUAUAUAUCACUCACUUACAGAGAAACUACUCUGCUAGGCGAACAAAUGCACGAUAACCCGACACUCAUCCAUAUUUAAUGCUAAAAUUAAUGCCACGUUCACUUGCCAUUUCGUUUCCUGUUUUUUGUUGUGGCAAUUGAAAUUUGGAAACACAAAUGAAAAAACUUGUUCAUUUGUCAUUUUGUUUUCAUAUUUUGUUUUCAUAUGUAAAAACAAUGGGG